GCCAGCUUUUGAGUUACAGAAAACAGAAAAAAACCUAUCAAUCGAAAUCUAUAACUUCAUCAUUGGUCUUCCUCAAAAUGACAUCGACCUUGUUACCAUUUCUUUACAAUACGAGGACAAUCCUACGAGUGAAUCCUCGAAUUCCUCUUACAUUUUCUCGGUCUUUACAUGCCACACGGCGACAAUUAAAAGAGGGAGAUGAAAUACCCUUCGCCUCUUAUGUUCCCAGAGAUGUUGAUACUCCGCCGGAACAGCCUCAUCGUCGUGGUACCAUCACCCCGUCGGAGAGACGCAUAUUCGAGCGUAUCUUCUCCGAUAUAAAAGCCCGCGGUCUUAAGCCUUUUGUGCCCGAAACCUCAGGUACUCGCACUACUCUAUCUAUAAUGCAACAAGCCGUCCAAGAUGCUAGCCAGAUCCGCCCCGCUGCCGUUGAUGCCCCUGGUCUGUCGGAUAGUUCUACUCAAACUCGUGAUAAGGCUCUUCUGCGAUUCCCAGCCGAGUUGCGCGCUGCUGCUAGCAAGGCGUUCGAUACUAUGCAACCUUCAGACUCAAGGCGUGCGGCAGACUCGAGGCGUGCGGAUGAUGAUGACAUCGCAUAUGACGAAGCUUCCAUCGCGGCCAGCCGAGGAGACCCUGAUGACGAUGAAGGUUGGAAAGUGCCUUCGCAUAUCUUAGAGCGCGCUGCAGAGCUAGAGGCUAAGCGCUACCCUGAGCGCACCCGUAUCGAAGGACUAAUCACUGCUGCUGAGACCGACUUCGAACUUUGGGACGUCCUAGAAAAGGAAGUCUUUUCAAUGCCUGCCAGACUUGGUUUCCGUGGAUACGCGUCUAAAUUGGUGGAAGCGGAGACCGAAGCGGCGAAAAAUAAGACGGAAACGGUCACUGACAGUGAGAUAGUAGACGAUGCUGAAGAUAUGGCCGCUGCUGAAGGUGUGGCCGCUGCUGAAGAUGUGGCCGCUGAUGAAGAUGUGGCUGCUGCUCUCGAGAGUGCAGAUGCACCAAAAAUAACUCCAGAAGAGACAGACGUCACAUCCACCGAAAACGAUACUCCAUCCCAGGAACUGAAUCUCUACGUACAUGGGCCGCUAUACCCGGAAUAUCUCCUACUCGCACUACGACGUCUUGACACGGCAUUUCGUACGCCGUCGAUUCUCGCCUUCUCCAUGCUGCCCCGGAUUAAGGAGCUAGGACUCGAGUCGUAUAUCCUCGGCGUAUCAACACCUUUCUAUAACGAGCUUCUAGAAAUUUACUGGAUCCGCCGUUGCGACCUAUCCGGAGUGCUAAACCUGCUAGAGGAAAUGCGCAAUUGUGGCCUCCAGUUUGACGCACAAACUGUGUCUUUCCUUGGGAGAGUAAAUACGGCGUUGACUAUGCUAGCUACUAGGGAGGCCCCUAGUUCCUUUGCAAGGGCGCUCAUGUCCUUGCCUGAAUACAACCGGUCUGUACGACACCGCAUAAGGCAUUGGCAUGAAGCGGUGGAGGCGUCAGUCAACGAAGACAUGGUGGCAUGAUAUCAAAAUUUGAGAAGGAUAGCUGAGCUGGAGUAGUGGCUGUUGAUCCGCGAUGUGAUAGGUAGGAUGUAUUAUCUAGCUCCUAAUUUUAUACUGAUAACCUACAAUAACUGAUACCCCUUAAGUAUAGUCCUCUUCUCAUUCGAACGAGAUAUUACCUGGACAAAAUCAUUUUGUCAAUUUCUAAGCUGCAACCAGAGCUGUAUCAAAGCCUCCAAUUGACCAGACAAGAAUUAUACCGUAUAUUUACUAUAUCUAUAUUACCGAGGAAAUAGUUUCCAAGGUCUUUUGGUGUCUAUGAUAAUAUCUAGACGCUUUAGUCUUCCCAGGCCUAAAACUAUGAGUUUGUUAAAAAAAAUUUCGACGGACAGUCGCAAGCUCUUAAUCCGUCUCAAAGGAUUGUAUAUGGGAAGUAAAAGCAAGAAGGGGAAUGGGGGCAAAAAGGGGAAUAGAGGCAAGAAGGGGAAUGGAGGCAAAAAAGGGGGGAGGAGGCAACUGUCCGUAAUAUCUUUCCGAAAGAAUAUACUAUACCAUCAUUGGGAGGUAUACUAUCGGGAGGUAUAUUAUUGUUAGGAGGCAUACUAUUGGGAAGUAUACCAUUGUAUUAUCGUCGGGAUGUAUACUAUCGUCGGCAGGCAAACCAUCGGAUAGCAUACUAUCGUUGGGAGGUAAAAAUUAUAAGUGAGGGUGCUUAUCAACUUAUCAAUUACUUACCUCGUAAUUACUAAGGUAUUUCGCAAUGUA